AUGAGCGAUGCCGCGCGCCCUGGGGAAGAUACGUUCAGCCAGGUUCUCCAGGAGAGUUUCACGAUAUGGUUCUCAUAUCUGAAUGAUGGAAACGGAGAUCACUUGUUACCUCGGCAUAUCAUAGAUUUGAAAUCUCUCGUCUGUCAGACCCCGGCUUUCCUUGGUGACGGCCUUGUUCCAUCCAACGACCCCAUCGCAUUCGUUUGCAAGAGGUGGCCAUCGAGUCAAGGGAAAGGCAGUCUUCUUAUCCAGGGCCAGUCAACGUGGAAGACUUCGAAAGGCAUCUGUGAGCUACCGCCUCGAACUAUACCUGAUCAACUUCAACUGGGAAUAGACAGUCCUUCAGGUGUGAGGCUAUCGGAUGACUCUCCUUUUUCGGACUGGCUUGGAGUCCAAGGCCUCUCAGGUUACGACAACGGGAACUAUCUGUCAGUUCUGUACCUCGCUUGGGCAUAUAUUUUUUCUUCUCGAUGGGUUGAGUUGCUUGGACGCUCUGUUGAUCACGAAUGCCAAAUGCACUACACUUCUCAGGGCACGGCGGGCUCACCUCAGUCGGCCAAGCAACCCAAGGUUCAAGUUGAGCUAGACGAUGAUGUCGGUGAGGAAGAAACUUUCUGGUGGCGCUCAGUUUUGUGUUCUGAUGGUGGUUGGAGCGCGACCACUAAACAUAACAACCAUGUCUACUUGUCGCCAUGGUCAGUGUCGGCAGAGGAUGCCGGGAUGAGCCUGGCCACCAAGGGGGAUUUAAACAUCAACAUGUCGGAUCCCCCGAGAUCGAAAACGGCUCUCAAAUACCUCUCCCGCUUCUGUAUGUAUCAUGGGCUUUAUGCUCAGUGUUCAGCGGCACUUGCCGGGGCACUCUACAUUCCUUUUCUGAGGGGAAGAUCAGUUUCGCUCCCGUUUCCUAGACAAAUUUCCUCCCAAAAGGGUGUUGGCGACUCUACAUUUUCUAUUUCGGAUCUUCUCAGCGAGCACUACGGACUGCUUCUUAAGUACAUGACUCUCAGUUUCAAUGUGUGGGGCCUGCGCUCUCUCCUGUGCAGCACUUUCUUCAACCCAGAUAUUGAGUGCAAUCUUAUCAGUGCCUGGCUUAAUCCGGCUUUUGCGAUCAUUGAUUCGGUUUCACCAACGAAAGGCUUAUUGGCCACGUUUUUGGCAACCAGACAGCCGCGACUCGGCGCUCUCUGGCUCGGUGCGAUUCUCACAGACGUGGCCAAGUCUGUCUUGCGUGACAUAAGAACAGGAAUGACGGCUCUCGACCUUGCAGCUUCUGCCUGGACGGGAACAAGACAGACUUUCUUGACCUCUAAAAUGGGAAGCAGUCAGGGUGAAGUAAUAAGCCGCGAUGAUGAAUGCCGGCUGCUAUAUAUCACGGCUUGCGAAUUCCAUGAACGGCCUCCAAUCUGGGGUUGGAAGCCCUUUGGAUUUACACAACUGAGCGAUACAGACCUGCCAGUCCGAGAACAUGCUCAAUGUAUCGGCCACUGCCUGGAAUACGAAUCUUGGGAAUGGAUUUUGACGAACGGCCAUUCAAUUCGUGAUACUAUACAUAAGAAUAUCCAGCCUGCUAAGCACGCAUCAUAUCCAUCCGCGAGGAGUAAACCGGCUACACUCGACGAUUAUGACUAUGAUUUCUUCUCAGAAUUACUUUCCGAAGGAGCCACAUGUGGGAUAUUUGGAUGGCUAAGGCCGACAGGGUACCCUCACAACGAAAGAGUCAUAUACCAGCAUUCCUGGUUGGAUUUGGGAAGCAUCGACGAGAAAGUAGAGCCUGAUGACGAGGACUCGGAUGUGGAAAGACAACGAGAAUCAAAGGAUAUCCAGAUUGAAAGCUGGCUUGAUAGGAUUGAAUAGCGUUCAGAAAACCCGCUUCACCCAGCCUCGAUUACCAGUGAAACAGCGUCUUUGGUAG